AUGCCAAUAAAGCUUCCCAAAGGUUUCGCUCGCCGAAAGUCGUCCGGCAAUGCUCUCGAGGAGGUGGAAAACCCCCCUCAAUCAUCAUUUAGGGUUUUUGAACGACCAUCCGCCGACAAGAAACCCUCCAGCGAUGGCAAUUCGAUGUCAAAAAGACUAAGCGAAGGCCAUCCUUUGUGUUCACCGCCCGAAGACGAUGACAACAACAUAUUUGCAGUAUCCGAAAAUCACUCUUCACGGAACCUUACGUACGAAGGGACCUCGUCGGCCCGUAUCCAUCCACCUACUCGCCGUUCAGCAGACGGAGCGCCUCCAGCUGAGCCCCAGUCCCCGCAUUCGCGGAAUUUGUACGAUAUACCGAUCCCUCCUAUCUCCGGUGCACUUCGAGCAGCCGGGCGAACAUUUUCCUUUGGCGGACGGUUUUCAAAGGUCCCAGCUACGGUCACCCAAUCGCAAGCGUCCACGUCUGUUCCCUCACGAAACCGAGCCAUGACUGCGAGCACAACAAAUACCACGACUGCACCAAGACUACCUGAAACGGAGUUGCAGUUUGAAAAAAUGGAAGACGAUUUCCAGAACAUGUUUGGCAAUCUCGAAAAGCGCUACUAUGCUUCACACGAUUCGCAAGAAAGAGCUGUACAGUUGGACUCGUCAGUACCACCACAAAAGUCUGGACCGGAAGGAUGGGGGAGAAAAGAUGAAAGAGCCUCGCGCCCGACGCCCAUUGAUACUGAUCGAUCGAAGGAAGUUGAGCCUUCUCCUUAUUCCUGGGACAGUCGACAUUCUGAAGAUGGUCUGCUUGCAGCCAUUGAUUCACCCAGGGAACAACUAGGCGCACAGCAUGCAUCUCCUGACCUGGGCACGGGGUCUUUGGAAGAACGACCUAAGUCUUUAGCAUUCCCCCAUUCUGUGUCAUACACGGCCGCCACUACCUCUCAUCGCUCUCUCGAGAAACCUCGAACUACUGUUGACAAGGGACUGAGGAGGAGUAUGAUCUACCCGAGCAAACGUGACUCGGUCCCUGUUCAAGAUGAGGAUGCCAAAUUGAUCAUGGAGUCUUUUCAGUCAGGCACCAGAGACGUGCAAGUGCCAUUUGCCUCCGAUCAGGAAACCACAGAUUCCGGGGCCGAGGUGUCGCUUUUUCAAAAUGAGGAUACGUCGACGAGUGCGGCUCAUACUGAGCGCCAGGAGCCCCCAACAUUAGUUGGCCCAGCGGAGCACAGCAAUUUCGAUGCUUCGAUUGCGGCCCAUGCCCACCUGGCCGCGCAAUACGAGAAGUAUCAGCCAGAAUCUAUCUCUUCGACAAACAAGAUUAUGACGCCGUCUCAGUUCGAACACUAUCGCCAACAGCAAGAGCUUAGAAGAUCCAAAAGCGACACGUCCAUGAGUGAGAAGUCAAGUGAAAGUGAAUACGAGGAGGAUGAAACAGAGAAGAACCUUGAGGCUGAGAGACUGCGGCGGAAGCAGGAGGCUCAUCUAUCUGUCUACCGACAACAAAUGAUGAAAGUGACCGGCCAACAAACACCAGCUCCGGUCCUGCAAUCCGACAUUGACCGGGCUAGCAAGAGUGCGCCAAACCUUUUGCAACCAGGCAAUCUGUCCGGCAGCGGGAAAAGCAGUGAUGCAGAUGAUGACGAAGAGAUCCCAUUAGGGAUUCUUGCAGCACAUGGUUUUCCAAACAGGAAUCGGCCUCCCAGUCGCUUGACACCCUCCAAUUCUAUCCCCAAUCUCAGAGCCUCCUUUCAACAGCCAUAUAUAUCAUCACCGGGCUCGGUUGCAGAACAGGAUGCUGCGAAUCGUAGUAGCCUACCCGUUUUCGCCCGGAAUCUGCCUCGUGAUCCAUACUUCGGUGCAAGCCUGGUUAAUCCUUCUAACAGAGAAUCUCUGGCCCUCGGAGGAGGUGCUUCGGUGCAUGGCGGCCCUUCGCCCGCGUUGCCUCCUGGAGGCUUAGUUGGGGUCAUUGCUACCGAGGAGCGGGCCAGAGCCAUGAGAAGGGGUAGUCCCAAUACCCAGGCCAUGUAUGACUAUCAAGCUGGUGGAGUUCCUGGACCAGCAGCUCAUCCCGGUGGUAUUCCCAGGCCUUACACUAUGAUGAACUUGAAUUCCGCCAGUAUGACUGGCACGCAGCCGUCGGUUUCUGCAACGGAGCAGGCACAAAUACAGCUUUCACAGCAAAUGACGCAAAUGGUCCAGAUGCAAAUGCAAUGGAUGCAGCAAAUGAUUCAAAUUCAAGGUGGACAGAACGUUUCUCAACUUCCGCCUCAGGCUGGUUCUCUCCCGGGUCUGCCAGCCAGCAUCAACAUGCGGCCGUCCUCGAUGCCGUCGGCUGCUCCAGCUGGUCACCAUGGGGACCAGAGGACGCUGAGCAUGCUUGAUCCCAACGCCACUUCUCGGUUGAAUACCCCAGCUCUACCAUAUACAUCAGGAGGACUCAGACCUAGUACUCCAGGAGGCCAAGGCUAUGCACCUUCUAUUGCGCCGUCCGAACGUAGCAAUGUUGGCCUAGCAUCUCGCUAUCGACCCAUCUCAACUAUGCAGCCCGAGAUCGGAACUUCUAAUUUUCAUCCCACGAAGCCCUCUUGGAAUGAUGAAAAUCAGAAACUGUCCGCUGUUGUCCCAGCUGGAUUUUCUCGUCCGCUGUCCAGUCACAACAACCCGUCCACCCACUCUAAGCCAAGUAACGGCGUCGCGGCGGACGAUGAGGAUGACGAUGAAGGCUGGACUGACAUGAUGAAAAAGCGAGAAGACAAGAGGAACAACUGGAAAAUGAAGAAAGAAACUUCUAGUUAUGGGGACUUGCUCAACGCGGUGCACUAA